GCAAACAAGUUUACACCACUCGUUUCAGCUGUAAAACCAACAUCCUUGCAGAGGAAAGCUGUGCUCCCUCGCCUUUGCUUGCUUGCACUCGAGAACAAUCGAUCAAUACCUCUUUAACUCUCUUUUAUUUAUUUGUUCAUCAAAUCUCUCGCACAUCUGUCUGUCUCUUUACCUGGCAUUCCUUUCAUUCUAUUGCUUUCUCUUGGCAUCACUUCAUCGAGACCAUCACUCGACGUUAUCAUCUACGACACUUUCAUUUCCCUUGUCCUCAAGUCGUAACACUCUGGACACGAAACGCCGAUCAAAUUCCUUCCGUUUACAGAAACAAUCGUUUAAUCAUCGCCGACAUCGCAUUAUCAACUCAUCUAUUUUAUUUAAUACACCCCAUCUAUUCGUCACCUUUCAGUCUCAACCAUCUUGGUCUGAAACGGUCUGCUCAAAAAUUGUUUCACUGAAACGCAACGCAUAAACAUCAGAAACAUCCAAACUUGACCUUAACAAGUCAAGACCCCAAUCCUUCAGCUUGUUGGUUUUGUCAGUUUGGUUGUCAGCAUCCUAGCGUGUUUCAACCGGGUUCCCGUUUUAUUGAUUCAACGAUCCAUAUCAAUGCUUCAAGUCUGAGCCAAGCCACAAUCAACCCGUCAUAUAAUUGAGCUUGAGCACUUUCGAUAACUUGAUCAAAAACCUUCAUUUGGAAACAAUACUUCUUAUUGUUGUUAUCACAUACACCACACAUCAUUCACAAUGAUUGGACAAUCCACUCGACGAUGGCUUCAGCUGUCUUUCCUUCUUAUGGCUAGUACUGCUUCAGCAGGAUCCCUCAAGUUAACUGACUUUGAGUCCAUCGGCGACAAGUCAUUCCCAUCAACCUGUGUUGCAGCAUACGAUACGCCGCUCUCAGACUGUACCCCCGACGACUUUACUGGUGGCAAGGCAUGCAGUGCUGCUUGUAAGGACUCAGUGCAACAAAUUCAGGGCCUCAUCAUGGCCUCUUGUGGUGACGUCUCAGCCGAUUCGGAAUCUCUUCUUAGCCGUGGCCAGAAGGGAAACCUCGUCGCUGUUCUCUGCCGAAACGCCGACGAGUCUCAAUCCCAAUCUGAAGCUCAAUCACAAGCCAAGUCUGAAUCCAAGUCAGAGCCCCAGUCUGUCUCUGAGUCCGAAACCCAAGCUCCAGCCACAACGACGACAGGAUCUGCAUCUGCUACCAAGGUUCACAAGAACAUCCUCAUCGAGACGAGUGUUUCUACCACUACGACUUCAAAGGAAAACCUGAACGGGGCCCCCUUGUCCGAUGUGGACGAAAACCUCGCCACCAAGAGCACUGUUCUUGCCAUCGACACUGAGCAGCCCACAGGCUCUCUGCCUCUUCCCAAAGCUCCCACCCAGGUGUUCACCUCAGUGACAAGAUCGAGCGCUCCCAGCCAGACAGCCGAGGCAGCCAUCGAGGAGCCAACUCCUACGCCCACGACCGCGGGCGGAGCUGUCCACGCUCCUAGCUUCAACUUUAUGUGUGCAUCUUUCGCCAUGUCCGCACUCAUGUACAUGGUCGUUAACUAA